AUGGAGGACUUUGAUCGAGACUCGAAUGCCAGCUCUGAUGAACAAGAGGAUGAGUUGAUGCUUGAUAAUGCCGAACCCGAGCCCGAGCCGGAAGAUAAUGAUCAGCCGGAAGAUCAAGAUCAGGACCAAGAUGAUGACGAAAAUGAGGGCGAUGACGAUGACGAUGGAGACAAUGAAGACGACGACGAGGAUCAGCAGACACAGGAGCAGCAGCGCAAUGCAGACCCCGAUGCCGGAAACGAUGCCUCAAACUCGCAGCCCGCCGUGACUAGAACUUCGGCGACUCCAACACCCGCCUCGACGCCGAAAUGGCCGGCCUCGGUGCGACCCGAAUACCUCACUGCCAGGACAUACGAUAUCGUUCCAACCAUGGCCGCUCCCAUGUCCACAAGCAUCAAUGCAAUAUCCGUCACACCAGAUCUCCGUUAUUGGAUGACUGGUGGCUCGGAUGGUUACAUCAGGAAAUACCACGGCCCCGACACAAUCAAUGGCAAGACGCUCCUGACGGUCGCGCAAAGACAUCCUUUUGUCGAGUCAGUGGUCAAGGCUGGCGUGCUGUUAUCAUACUGGGAGAAUGCGGAGCCGCAUUCCACGUCCCAGCGCACAGAGGACCUCAUCUUGAGCCCCGUCUACUCUCUGGCCGUACAUUCGCAGGCACUGUGGCUGUUAUCGGGCUUGGAAAGUGGAGGCAUCAAUCUGCAGAGUGUUCGGCAUGACGAGGGUAAGCGCAUUGCAUGUCUACAAAAACACACCAGUGCAGUGAGUGUUCUCAACCUCGCUGCCGACGAGAAGAGCGUGCUCAGUGGCAGUUGGGACAAGAAUAUAUUUGACUGGGACCUGAACACGGGCGACGUUAAACGUCAAUUUGAUGGCAGCGGUGGGCAGAUCUCGGUUAUUGAGACACGUCCCAUGAGCGGCAUGCCGAUCCCACCCGAGGCAGCUGAGGAAGAUCUUGCCAGCGAUACCUUUUUCUCGAACAACAAUGCCCCCCCUGCUGCUGGCGGCGAUUUUGACUUUAGCCUGGAUGGUGGGAACGCCAAUGGCGAAAUGAAUGGCAAUGCUGGUGGCAGCUUUGGCAAUGGUAACAAUGCAACAGAUGAUGCCAUGGCCGUUGAUGGCAUGGAUGCUCAGGGCAGUCCCACUCACGACAGUCUCUUUGGUGGCAGUCCUGGCGCUGGUGACGACCUAUUCGGCGAUAAUUUUGGAGGCGAUGAUGACAACGAAUUUUCCCGCGCUAUGAUGCAAGAUUCCGCUCAGGACCCGACCACCGACCCUUCCGGCGCCGACAAUGCAUUGACAGACUUUGGUAUACCUACCAUGGAAGGUGUCGCGAGCGAGCAACCUAACGAUGCCUCCGAAAGCACACUUAUCCCUAAUGGAGGACCAAUGGAUGCAGGUGAGAAUCCGGUGGACGCAAGUUUCGACAUGACGCAGCCCUCCGAGCAGGUGACGGACUUUUCAACAGAGCCAAUGUCUACGCAGCAAGACCCGCCUCAGUCCCCUUCGGCUAUCUUUGAUUCUGCACCUGUCCCGGAAUCCCCAUCGGCCGUCUUUGCAGAGCCGCUUCCAACCCAUUACGAUACAACUCAGACAUCAGACUCUACCUUUCUCUCGGGCUCCAUUGAUGGUCCGCUCAAAAUUUGGGACCGCAGAGCACCCAACCCGGUGGCACGAAUUAGUACGCAAUGGGGUGUACCCCCGUGGUGUAUGGGCGCUUGCUGGUCGCCGGAUGGAAACUGGAUUUAUGUCGGAAGGAGGAAUGGCACAGUUGAGGAGUACAGCAUUGACAAGGCACGUGGUGGGCGCAAAGGAUGGAUACCUGAGCGGACGUUCAAGUUUCCAGGUGGCAGUGGACCCGUGAGCUGUGUGAGACCUUUGCCCAAUGGUCGCCAUCUCAUUUGCGCUUCGCACGACAUUCUCAGAUUGUACGACCUACGAGCUGAAGAGAGGACCUCGAAGCACUCGCCGCCGCCAUUCUUGAUUGUGCCUGGCCCUCCCAGAGCAGGUGUCAUUUCAAAUCUAUACAUUGACGCAACGAGUAGGUACAUGAUUUCUACAGCGGGUACACGAGGUUGGGAAGGAUCAUCCACAGAGUGCAUGAUUGGGUACGAAAUUGGGGUUCCUCAAUGA